CCUCUUGUAAGCGAAGAAGAAAAAUCCACGGUGACUCGCAUUCCACUCUUCAUAAUCGCUGCACCUGUCUGGUAUUUUCUCAUCCUGAAUUUCCAAACCUGCCUUCAAAGUCAAUGGCAUCUUGGUCUACCUUGCUUUUUCUGAACCCGCUCCCACGAUAUUUCUAACCACUAAUCCACUGCAAACACACAAAGCUUCCUUUCAUGAUGGGCAAAGCUUCACUAGAUCUCAGGAAUUGCCUUCUGCUGCUAUUGUGCAGCUCCAUGGGCUUAUGGGGUUUUGCUGAGUCGGAGGCUGAAGAUGACGUGAAAUGCCUCAAGGGCAUCCAAGAUUCGUUCCGUGGUCCGCUUUCAGCGUGGCAAUUCAACAACAACACCCCCGGAUUCAUUUGCCGAUUCACCGGCGUUACGUGCUGGAACGAGCAGCAGAAUCGCAUCAUCAAUCUGGUUCUCAAUGGUAUGGAGCUCUCCGGUCGCGUGCCGGAGUCCUUGAAGUACUGUGGUAAUCUGCAACGACUGGAUCUUGGGUCCAACGACCUUUAUGGUAACAUCCCCUAUGAGAUUUGUGUUUGGAUGAAGUAUUUAGUGAGCAUUGACUUGUCAGGAAAUCGUCUUUCUGGACCUAUUCCCCCUUCUCUCGGGAAUUGCUCGUAUUUGAAUGAGUUAAGCCUUUCCGGUAAUCAGCUUUCAGGUGUCAUCCCCGUCGAAAUUGGGAGCUUGAGUAGGCUUAGCAAGUUUACUGUUGCUAAUAAUCAUCUUCAGGGUGCGAUUCCUUCGUCUUUAAGUCGGUUUGAGAAGGAGGACUUUGAGGGGAAUAGUGGGCUUUGUGGGGAUCCUCUUGGAUCUAAGUGUGGAGGGUUGAGUAAGAAGAAUCUUGCCAUCAUCAUAGCUGCUGGGGUGUUUGGUGCAGCUGCUUCUUUGUUGUUGGCCUUUGGGCUCUGGUGGUGGUACCAUUUGAGAUUGAGUAAGAAGGGGUUUGGAGACGGAGCAAGUGAUAAUUGGGCUGUGAAAUUGAGGGGUUACAAGCUUGUGCAAGUCACUCUAUUCCAAAAACCUCUUGUGAAGGUUAAACUAGGCGAUUUGAUGGCGGCUACCAAUAAUUUCAAUGCAGAAAACAUUCUUAUUUCAACGAGAACAGGAACUACGUACAAAGCAGAUCUUCCUGAUGGGUCAACCCUUGCAGUCAAACGGCUCAACACGUGUAAAAUCUUGGAGAAGCUGUUUCGUGCGGAGAUGAAUAGGCUAGGGCUACUCAGGCACCCGAAUUUGGCACCGCUUUUGGGAUUCUGCGUAGUGGAAGAGGAAAAGCUUCUGGUUUACAAGUACAUGUCAAAUGGAACUCUCUACUCCUUGUUGCACAAAAACGGCAGUGCAUUGGACUGGCCCAUGAGAUUCAGAAUAGGCUUGGGGGCAGCUAGGGGUCUUGCCUGGCUGCAUCAUGGCUGCCAUCCUCCUAUUAUACACCAAAAUAUCUGUUCCAAUGUGAUUCUUGUUGAUGAAGAUUUUGAUGCUCGUUUGAUGGACUCUGGACUUGCCCGGCUUAUGAUAUCUGAAGCUGAAGGGAGUAGUUUUGUGAGUGGAGACGUGGGAGAACUUGGCUAUAUAGCUCCAGAAUAUCCAAGCACCAUGGUGCCUUCACCAAAAGGAGAUGUGUAUGGAUUUGGGGUUGUGCUUUUGGAGCUGGUUACUGGGCAGAAGCCUCUUGAAGUCAGCAUUAGAGAGGAAGAAGUUAAGGGUAAUUUAGUGAAUUGGGUGAAUAUGCUUUCUAAUUCAGGUCGCAUAAAAGAUUGCAUUGACCAGGCCAUAAGCGGAAAGGGACAUGAUGAGGAGAUUUUGCAGUUCCUGAGGAUUGCAUGUAACUGUGUGGUUUCUCAUCCUAAGGAUAGGUUGUCUAUGUUCCAGGUUUAUCAUUCGUUAAAGAGUCUGUCUAGGGACGAAAGUUUUUCGGAGCAUGAUGAUGAAUUUCCACUGAUCUUCGGGAAACCGAAUGAUGAACAAACCUAGUCAGGUUGAGAAUGGCAUUUCCGCUCUGAUUUCCAGUUAUGGAAGUAUUCAGAAUGGUCCUUAUCUAUGCGGCUUGAUCAUUUCCAACAGCGGACCUAAAGGUACAGUUGUAUGAGACAAUAAACUUUAUGGUAGCUUAGGUUCUUGUGUUUCGUAAUAUCCAUUUGUUUAACUGCUAUUAAGGAUGCAACCCCAAAUUUGUUCUAUGAUAUUUGGAAUAUGCUUCUUGCUUGUAUCCUCAAUAUGUCCAAGGCUUUAAAGAUGCAAAAUGGUACUCUAGUUUGUGUUCUGUAUAGAUCUAUAAUUAGGAUGAUGCGAAGCAAUUACUAUCUAUAGAAAGAAAAGUAUGGCCACGUCUUCUGUGAA